AUGUACGAAGAAAACAACCACAAAAGUGCCCUUAAGGAAAGACUAACAAAUUUCAAAGAUAAAUGUAACAGAAAUAAAGGUGGUGGAUGGUCAGGAUACCUCACUAGUGCUUUCCAAAUAGUUCAAGACGCAAUUCAAACGAUAUGGGACCAAAAAGAAGAAAACUUGAUCCUGUCAAUCUCACCAAGAAAUAUUUCACAACUAGAAACUUCGAAUCCUAAACAUCUGGCUAAACUGACAACAGAGAUUAGAGUUAUAGAUGAAGAUAUGGAGUGUGUGAGGAAACCCAAAAAUGAAGGAGACGUGGUCCUCUUCGGAUUACCAUCAUUAUACAUUUCUGAGUCUGAAAGCUCAUCUACAGAUUCAACAUUUAUCAACAAUUCAGAUUACGUGAAUUUUGGCCAUUCAACUGACAGAGACAUGAACUUCGAAGGAGGAAGUGAAACUGAAUCCGGGAGAAGUUUACCCAGUCUCUACUCCAGCAGACUUACUACUACAUCACCAUCCUCUAAUUGGCCAUCAGUGACUAUAAAUGAUGCUCCUGAACUCUUGAUGAAGAAAGUCAGAUAUUCAAAAGAGUUUUGA